GCGCAGGAGCUGCCCAGGGGCUGUGGUCCUGAAAGCUCCAGUCCGGGAACUGACCAGGGAGAGGAGGUACUGAAGACCGACUAAGCCUGCUGCAGCGGGAACUUCAGCCCCAAGAGCUCCAAGGAAGGAGUAAAACAAUUAGCAGCCAGAGAGAUCAGACCUGGUGGCACUCCCAAGAGGCAGUGUCCGGGUUUAACAUGGAUCGAUAAAAGCACCUCCUUCUCCUGUGACCUGGACGGUCAGGGAAACGUGGCUUCUCUGAGUCUCCUCCAGGGCACAGAUUCACAGAGUUCAGGCCAGGCACUGCGACUGCCAAAGAAUCUAGAAAUGGCAAAAACUUAUGUGAAACCCAAGGAGAUGAUAGAGUUGGUCAACACACCAUCUUGGAUAGACAAAGGUCUGGGUUCUCAGAAUGAGAUGAAGGAGGAGGAGAGAAGACCAGCUGCUUAUGGGAUGCUUGGAAGCUUAGCUGAAGAGCAUGGCAGUAUUGAGGAAGAAGAAGAGGAGGAAGAGGAUGGGGAGAAGCCUAAGAGAAGAGGUCCCAAGAAAAAGAAGAUGACAAAAGCUCGCCUGGAGAGGUUCAAGGCUCGAAGAGUCAAGGCCAAUGCUAGAGAACGGACCCGGAUGCAUGGCCUGAAUGACGCCUUGGACAACCUGAGGAGAGUCAUGCCAUGUUACUCUAAGACCCAAAAGCUCUCCAAGAUAGAAACUCUUAGACUGGCUAGGAACUAUAUUUGGGCUUUGUCUGAGGUUCUGGAAACUGGCCAAACACCUGAAGGGAAGGGUUUUGUGGAGAUGCUCUGUAAAGGGCUCUCUCAGCCCACAAGCAAUCUGGUGGCUGGAUGCCUCCAAUUGGGUCCUCAGUCUGUUCUCCUGGAGAAGCAUGAAGAGAAAUCUCCUGUUUGUGACUCUGCCAUUUCUGUCCACAACUUCAACUACCAGUCUCCCGGGCUCCCCAGCCCUCCUUAUGGCCAUAUGGAAACACAUCUUAUUAAUCUCAAACCUCCAGUGUUCAAGAGUUUGGGAGAAUCAUCCUUUGGGAGUCAUCCACCUGACUGCAGUACACCACCUUAUGAAGGCCCACUCACUCCACCCCUGAGUAUCAGUGGGAACUUCUCCUUGAAGCAAGAUGGCUCUCCUGAUCUGGAUAAAUCCUACAGCUUCAUGCCACAUUAUCCCUCUGCAAAUCUCAGCUCAGGGCAUAUGCACGCAACUCCCUUUCAGGCUGGUACCCUUCGCUAUGAUAUUCCCAUAGAUGUGUCCUAUGACUCCUACCCCCACCAUGGCAUUGGGGCUCAACUCAAUACAAUCUUCACUGAGUAGAGCAGUAAGAUCAGAAUUUCAGAGGGUGAUGUGGAGAUGCUAUCUAUAAUUCAAACAGUUGAGCUAAAGAUUCAAUGACCUUAAAGGAACCCUUUAGAUAUAUAUCAAAUACAUUAGCGCCAGUCCAUUUAGGCCCUCCUACAUCUGUCGCUCUCUAUUCUCAUCAACUUCUCAAAAUGUAUUGAUUUCUUUAUUUAGGGUCCUCAAGAAAAUUAUUUGAUUGUUUACAAUCAUGUGGAAAUAGAACAGAAGCCCUAGGUCCUAUUCUGGUGGGGCCAAUAACUUAUUGAAUGAUCUAUGCCAAUUAAUUUUCCAUUUCUGGACUCUUUUUACUUACUGGUAAAAUCAGAAAAUUAUUCUAAAUCUAGAUGACUUCUAAAGUCCUUUGCAGUUCUGAAAUUCUUUAACUCUGGUGACUACUUUUAUAAACUUCUUGAAACUGAAAGGACAGAGGAAUGGUAGGACGGACACUACCUGUCUGUCAAUGACCAAAUGGAGUUGCCAAAGGAGCACCAGGUGCAUGACUCUCGGGGACUUAAUGAUUGGGCUUCUUUGCAUCUAGCAAUAGCCUCCAGAGGCUAAAAUUCUAAGUUGGUUGUCACCGUGAAUAACAAAGCAUAUUCUUGUUGGGUCGAAAGCUGAACAUAACUUCCUUGAUUCUUGAUAACAUUUCAAAAGCACUUUCAUUGGUAGUAGAGAUAGGGCAAUCGAAUCAUUGAAACCUCAGAUUCCUAUGACAAAUGGGACUUAGAAAAGUCAUCUAGACCAUUUAAUGGCAUCCGUAACCAGAGGGCUCUGGAAAUUCUGAUGAAGCUCAGGCCCUGUUAUUGGAAUAAGCGAACAACAAAGGUCACAUUCAAGAGCAAUAAAUUGGCUAUUGGCUAUACUAACUAUAGCUAUAUAAUAGUUCUCAGACUCUCUCUAGCCCACAACUGCCCAUAGGGAAACCACUAGAUUUUUUUUUUUUGGCACAAUGAGUUUUGUUUGUUUGUUUGUUUGUUUUUUUAAAGGAAACAUGUUUAAAAUCACUGACCUCUGUCCACACCAAUAUCAUAUUUUCUAGAAGCACAAGCACCAAUCAAUUUAUUCACCAAACUUGAAUUUUCCCAACAUAUAUAUAAUUCUGUGUCUCCUCCCCACUAAUUGUUACCUCUUCCUCACUUCUAAAAUAUAUAUUAUUACAUAUUGUAGAUAACAUUUAGAGUAAUCAGACUUAAAGAUGCAGACAUUAAAUUCAAGGUCAGGGAAUGCUUUCACCAAUCUAUGUCUGCAUUACAGUUUAUCCCAAUUCACAGGAUGUUUAUUUUUCUUCGUAUAACUCCUUUUUCCUUUAUAUCAGCAUUAUUUUGUCAAAUGUAUCUUUUUUUAGAGAAAUGUGAUCUGAUAAAUGUUACUGUCCUGUUCAAUCUUCAGGGGAAAUUAUUUAAAAUAAACCAAAAGCAGAUCACAUUCUUUUUCUGCCAGAGAGGAUAUGCUUAGGGUGCAUGGUACACAAUUAGGGCCAAAGAAUGAAAGUGGUAAGGCAGACUAGUAUGUCAUUUUCUACAGCUUAGCCAUCCCCUAAAACCUGCCAAACUACCUGUGUGUCUUGUCUUUCUUACCCUCUUAUUUAUUAUCUCCUUGCAGUCUAAGUUAUUUUCUUUCCAUUUUGCUUACAACAUCAACCCUGCUGGAUUUUACAUGCUUGGUUGGUAAAUCCACUGUGGUUGGCAUCCAAAGCCACCCUAUGUGUUUUGAGUCUGUAUUGGCACUUAUCUUCGAAAGAGGUAGUGGGGGAUCUAUCCUUGAAGCUGGAAUUUUAUGGCAUUUAAGUUUGUAGAUAAUGAAUGUUGUCUGAGUUAUUUAUUAGAUAUUAUUUAUUUAAUUUAUUUCUCCUUCCUUUCAUGCAAACUCCUUAGGUUCCAUACACGUGCUUGCAAAAUCUCCUUAAGGCUUCAUUUGGAAAAUAGCUCACAACUUUGCUGGGAAUUUCUGAGUUUGGGAUGAGAGAAAAAGGAGGAAGUUAGUGCAGAAUUACCUGCAGUGACAUUUUUAAAAUAAAAAGCAGCAAUAAUUUGAAUGGCUAUGCAAGUUGAUAUUUUUAGAUUACAGUGGGGCCUUGAAUUACGAGUGUCCCGACUAACGAGUUUUUUGAGAUACCAGCUGUCUCUCAGCAGAUUUUUUGUUUUGAGUUGACAGAGUAAUUUGAGUUAACGAGCUCCUUAACGAGCUCAGUCUCGGAAUGAAUUAAACUCGUAAGUCAAGGCCCCACUGUAUUUCCUUCAUUCUAACAUGAGCCAGUUAUUUUUGGUGAGUCAGUUGUUUGUGCUUUGGGGUGUAUGGUUCUAAUGAACCAGAUGUCCCUGGAAUUGUUCAGAGGGACUUUAUAAUUGAAUGAGAAUUUGGGAAUGUAGUAUGGUUGUGAAGAGUCUACUCUCCAACCCAGAGUGGUCUCAAUCAGAUAAAGCCAAGUAAUUGUUUAAAAUUUUUGUAAAAAAAAAAAAAAAUGUUUUCCCUUUCUUUUUUUUUCUAGCAGAAAUAAAGCUUGUGAGUCUUAUUAGACAUUGUGUUGUGUUUUCAGUCAUCAAAGUUUUUCUUCGCCGUCUUCUAUUUUUUGGAUUCUGAGUUCUGUGAGCAGCCAGCAGAGCACAGGCUGGCCCAUCAAGGCAAUAUGCACAUCCCAUAUUUUAACUGAUUUUGCCAGAAGAUUUGAAAGGUCUAGAAGUUUAGAAGGACCAAUUUCUGCCACUCAAGCAAUCAACUAUACAAUUUGCAGUUGAGAAAAACACAUCUUCCCCUUUACAGAAAUCUAGGGCUAUGGGCAAUCCAAGCCAUCAAACCAGAGAGGUGGACCACAGAAGGAGAGAAUAUCAUCCAAAAUUUAGGUGAGCUUACUAACUUUUAAAAAAGGAUGAAGUAUGUUUUUUGACAACUGCUUCUUAACACCUCUUCUCUUGAUAUUUUUCUUUCAGUUUUCUUCAGCUAAAACUUUUCAAGGUACCUUUUUACAUGCAUAAAAUGCUGAUGAUAAAGAAAUAACAAUGCUGUUGAUAUAAAAUAAAGUUUAAUAAAACAAUUAUUUAAUCAAGA